AUGGCUAAGAUUAGAAUGCAGGCUUCACCUAAGUACACAACAGACUACUCAUAUACAAUAUACAUAGUACUGCGGCAUAUUCUUUUGUUCUUCAUUGACAAAGGAAUAAUUUCCAUUAAACUGACUAAUCUAAGGAUUAAGUGGCACUUAAUUGGGGUAAAUUGCAUCCAGUCAUUCUACGAGCCUGAGGUAACUGCAACUUACCACUGCAGAGCCACCUGCCCAUUGCACUUUUUCUUUUCAGAGAAUGAAAGAGUUUUGUCUUUCUCCAUAGUGGUACUAUGCCACUGCAUGGCUCCUUUAAUGUGCAUACUUUUUUCUUUCUCUUUUAUUUCAACCUUUUUUCCUUUAUACAUUAACACUCUUUAUUUAGGGGCUCUCCCGUCGUAUGGAAGCUACAUAGGACAGAAUUUAUACAUUGUGCUUCUGCUUGGUGGUAUGUAUGUUGGGUGUGACAGCAUUCUGAAGUCACUGAACAUAACAGGACGCGAAAAUGCAUCUGUUCCGAUUGUAAACAACAGAGUGCAAUUUUACAUGAUAUUUAUUGAGGCCCUGCUAAUUAUCAGUAGUAUUUCACUCUAUGUAAAUUUUUAUCUUCUUGCACAGACAAACAUAUACAUAUAUGCACUGUUUUUUGUGUCCAAAGUGAUUCUCUUUGGGGUAAUGUUUAUUCUAACUGGAGUCACCAUAUCCGACAACUUAGCGGGCUUAGUUAUGGUGGAAGGAAGCAGAAAGCUUGUUGUUAUGGUGAUUUUGUGGUUCAUAAUUGUAAAUGGAAUAUUUUUGGUUAGCAAGGCGUACAUAGCCCCAUCUUCUACAGCAGAUAUAGUAUACAACACUUUAAACCAUAAUCUGGUAAGAAAUUACUAG